AUGUAAGACGAUAGAGUUUUGGAGCGCAGUCCAUAAGAUACAUUGCGAAUCCCGCCGAGAUUAUCGAUGAUGGAGAAGAAAUGCAGUGGUCGAUUUACGUUUGUGAAGACCCAAGCUGAGGAACAGAAAGAAGUAGUUUAAAACAAUAUGAAUCGAAUAAAGUAGCAAUUUAGAUGUAAAGAUCAAGAAUUGAGUAUAGGUUAACUCAACCACAUAAUAAACAAACCAAUUUAGCCUCUUUAGAUGAGAGAAGAACAAUUGUUGGAGUUGGGUAGGAAAUUGGAUAUUGAAAUAACAUCGAGUGAUGUUGAAAACAUUGUACCGAAUACAAAAGAGUUUUUUGAAGAGUAUGAGAUGCAUGAAAGAUUAGGUGAAGGUUGUUUAGGGUUGGUUAAGAGGGUGGUAUUAAAAAGAACAGGACAGGAAUUCGCAGUAAAAAUUGUGGCUACCUAAGAUGAUGAGAUUAUAAGGAAUGUAAGUGAUAUUAGAAAAUGAUUAGAUGAUUCACGAGUUUAAGAGAUUAAUCAAAUUGUCACAUGGCAAUAUAGUUAAGGCUUACAAAAUGUAUUUGGACUUUGAUAAUGGAUUCUAAUCUGAGAGUCAGGCCUAUGUGAUAAUGGAACUCAUAAAGGGGAAAGAGAUGUUCGAAGUAAUAAAUGAGUCAGGACAUUAUAGCGAGAAUGAUGCAAAAGAAUUAUUCAAAUAGUUGCUUAGUGCAAUUGAAUAUAUGCAUAGAAAUGGCAUAUGUCAUAGAGAUUUGAAACCUAACAACAUUCUCUGUCUCUCCGGUAUUAUCGUAGCUUAUACUAAAAAUAGAUAAGAAACUGAUAAAAGUCACAGAUUUCAAUGUUAGUAAAUUCAGUGAUUCUUACAAAGAAUUUGGAAAUUUGUAGGAUACUGAAAAAAUUGAAAUGUGGACAUAUACAGGAACUGUGGCAUUUUCAGCGCCAGAAAUAUUCACAGGCGAAGGAUACAAGUAUAACAUUCAUUCAUGCUUAUUAUUAUAGUCAAAUGGUUGACAUGUGGAGUGCCGGAUGUAUUUUAUAUUCAAUGUUGUCUGGUCAAUUGCCAUUCAAUGCAGAUUAGUACAUUUUGAUUAGAUAUUCUAAGUUUGAACGAUCUAAUCGAGUCUAUCAAAUUAGCCAAAUAUGAGUUCCCUGAAGAAAUCUUCUAAGAAGUCUCAAGUGAAGCCAAGGAUCUAAUCCAGUAGUUGCUUCAGAAAGACCCAGGUCUCAGACCCCAUCCUGAUGAGGCUCUCAAUCAUCCUUGGUUUGCAGAGAGCAUCGUAAUACGAAAAAGCUUAAGACAUCUGACAAUAAAUAAAAACAUUUCUCAUCUUUCCUCCAGGAACUCGAAUAAACUAAGACAAAGAACUAUCCUGUUGUAGAGAGGAUAUUACGGAGGUUCAAGUGAUGGAGAUGAAGGAUGUACUACUACUGAAUAGGAGAUGAAAGUUAAGUGUGUUGCUCGAAAAAGUCUGUUUAAUACUGCGUUGGCACCAAUGGAGUUGUUAUCAGACAAUAAAUGUUUGAAGGUGUAGAAUGGAGUACUUCGCAAGUCAAAUACAACUCAUAUACAUGAUUUUACAUAAAAUGAUCAAUAGUGA